AUGUUCGCUGUAGCGAGGACAACCUCCCGCCAUGUGCGACUCUUGAGCUUGAGGAGCCGCGGUUUCCCCGUUGUCCAGCGAGGAUUUGCAAGCACGAGGUAUACAAUGUCGAUUCCUGCCCAAAAAAUCGUCGUUCAAAACCCUGUCGUCGAGCUUGAUGGAGAUGAAAUGACCAGGAUUAUCUGGAAGAAAAUCCGUGAGGAGCUCAUCCUCCCAUACCUCCAACUGGACAUCAAAUAUUACGAUCUGGGAUUGGAGUACAGAGACCAGACCAACGACCAAGUAACAAUCGAUGCCGCCAACGCCAUCAUUAAGCACCAAGUCGGCAUCAAGUGUGCUACUAUCACCCCGGACGAAGCUCGCGUUGAGGAGUUCAAGUUGAAGGAAAUGUGGAAGAGUCCCAAUGGAACUAUCCGCAACAUCCUCGGUGGCACGGUCUUCCGCGAGCCCAUCAUCCUUUCCAAGAUCCCGAAACCCAUUCCUGGCUGGGUCAAGCCGAUCGUCAUCGGUCGUCACGCGUUUGGCGACCAGUACCGUUCAACAGACUUUGUCGCCCCAGGGCCCGGCAAGCUCCAGCUUGUUUUCACUCCUAAGGACGGAAAGGCUCCAACCGUACUCAACGUGUAUGACUUCAAGGGCCGUGGUGUCGCAAUGUCGAUGUAUAACACCGACGAGUCAAUCGUUGGGUUUGCCCAUUCGUCAUUUAAGAUGGCGUUGGCUAAGAAAAUGCCUCUGUUCAUGUCAACGAAGAACACGAUCAUGAAGAAAUACGACGGUCGCUUCAAGGAUAUCUUCCAGGAGAUCUACGACAAAGAGUACAAAGCCGCAUUCGAGGCUGCAGGUAUCUACUACGAACAUCGUCUCAUCGACGACAUGGUUGCACAAGCCAUCAAGUCGUCCGGCGGCUUUGUCUGGGCAUGUAAGAACUACGACGGUGAUGUACAGAGCGACAUCCUCGCUCAAGGAUUUGGAAGCCUCGGCAUGAUGACCAGCGAGCUUCUGACUCCUGAUGGGCAGAUCAUCGAGAGUGAGGCUGCGCACGGCACCGUCACCCGCCAUUACCGCGAAUACCAAAAGGGCAACGAGACCUCCACGAACCCGGUCGCAUCCAUCUUCGCUUGGACGCGUGGUCUCCUCCAUCGUGCCAAACUCGACAACAACGACGCACUUGGACAAUUCUGUAAUGACCUUGAAGCGUCUUGCGUUGAAGUUAUUGACCAGGACGGCAUUAUGACGAAGGAUCUUGCGCUUGCUAUCCAUGGAAAGGACAUGAAGAGAGAGCACUGGGUCAUUACUGACGCAUACAUGGAUGCCGUUAAUGCCAAGCUGCAGAAGAAGCUCGCUGCUCGAGCUCCUAAGCUGUGA